AUGGCAUUCGGGUUUGAGACAACAGGUGACGAAAUCGUGGACACCUUCAAAGACCAGGUCAAUGGCAAGACUUCCAGCUCACAGAUUCUGGUCCUGAUCACCGGUCCAACUCCAGGAGGAAUCGGAGCCGAAUCCGCUCUCUGUCUCGCGCGUGCAAACCCUAAACAUUUGAUCCUCGCGGGCCGCUCACGACAGAAGAUCCAGCCUCUCAUCGACCAAGUCCAGGACAUUGACCCGCACGUGAAGACUAGUUUCAUCCAGCUCGACCUCGGGAGCCAAAAGUCAGUGCGGCAGGCAGUCGAGGACGUCAAGGCUCUCCUCUCCGGCGAGGAUGAGAUCGACUGUGUGAUCCUCAACGCCGCGAUAAUGGCGUGUCCGUACGGCUUGACGGAAGACGGCAUUGAGACACAAUUCGGGACAAACCAUCUAGGCCACUUCCUCUUCUGCAACCUCCUGCUGAAGGACGACCUGAUCCGUUCGCGGGUCGUCAUCGUCAGUAGCUCCGCGUCCGAACGCAUGGCAGAGUACGCUUUCCAGCCUUUGGGCGAUAUCACCUACGGCAACGGCAGCACGUACGAUCCCAUGCUUGCGUACACGUUCUCCAAGGCCUGCAGCGUCCUCUACGGCAAGCGUCUUGCGAGACUUCUCAAACAGAAGCACCACAAGAACAUUGCCGUCUUCAGCCUGAACCCAGGCAGCAUCAGGACAAACCUGCAGGGCUACAUGAGCGACGACGUGCGAAGCAGGGCCAUCGAGGCCGCGCGCCGGUACAACCCAGAGUUCAAAAUUCCCCGGCCCAAGAGCCUACAGCAAGGCUGCGCAACUCAGCUCCGUGCAGCUUUGGACCCGGCUCUCGCGGGCCACUCAGGCGCCUACCUCGACGACUGCCAGGUGGCGAGGGUGGCUGUCCACGAGGGUCACGAGAAAUACAUGGACGAAGUCUGGGAGCUUAGUGAGCGACUUGUGGGAGAGAAGUUUGAGCUGUAG